GAGAUCUAUGGUUUUUAACUAAACAACUAUAUUUUCGUAUAUUUUUAUAACUUGAAUUCUUUAAAAAAAAGAAUUAAAAUAAAUUUGUGAUAAAAUGGAAUCAACAGCGGAAGAAGCACCUAAAGAAAAUACAGAAAAUGUAGUCUCAAGUAAUAACACAAAUGAAAAAUCACCCUCUCCACCUACUCAGGAUCUGCCAAAGAAAUCGAAAAAAGAGGACCGUCUCAGUAAGAAAGAUGAUAAGAAUGUGGAACAGUUUAUGAAAUCACUUAACUCUGUGCCAACACUCGAGGAGAAGUUGUCACUUGUGUGUAAAAAGUAUGUCCAAACUGCUGACGAUAAUAAGAAAAUGCAGUUUUAUAUAAAACAAUCAGACAAACGAUAUGCUCUGCUUUUAAAAGAGAAGGAGCAGUUGCAACAUGAGUUCAAUAAAACCAUACUCGUCAAGUCGAAAUUGGAGAAUCUCUGCCGUGAACUUCAGAAACAGAAUAAGGCUAUAAAGGAAGAAUCUCUUCUCAAGAUUCGUGAAGAGGAGGAGCGUCGGAAAGAAACUCAAGGCAAAUUUCAGAACACACUGUCUGAGAUUACCACACUCCUGCAACAGAAUAAUGAGAAGAAUGCCAAACUCAGGGAUGACAACAUCAGCAUGAGUGAGAAAUUUAAGAGUGUGGUGCAACAGUAUCAGUUGAGGGAACAACAGGUAGAAAAAAUGUCCAACCAAAUGGCAUUAGAAUCUCAACUAUCUGACGCGAAACUCCAAAAGGCGAGUCUUGAACAUCAAGCUGAAAGGGAAAAACUAGUGGCCGAGAUGGAACAGCUUAAAGUCACACUGGCACAGUACCGGGCUAAGGUUAUGGAGCUCCAGGGUACAGAGACGGCCUUACGGGGUCAGCUCUCUGUGUAUACUGACAAAUAUGAUGAGUUCCAGAAUGCAUUGGUGAAAAGUAACCAAGUGUUUGGAGGUUUCAAAGAACAAAUGGAAAAGAUGUCAAAGAAAAUUAAGAAGCUGGAAAAGGAGUCGUUAUCAUGGAAGAGUCGAUGGGAGACAUCGCAGACGGCUCUGUUGGACAUGUGCGGUGAGCGGCAAGCGAGUGAAGAACGCGCCGCCGCCAGCGCUCGUCAAUUGCACCACAUGCAGAGCUUGUGUCGCACGCUACAGGGUGAGCGUACAGUGCUAUUGAAUACACUUAAGGAGAACAAUAUCGAGCGUCCUCCGUUACCGCCACCAGCUCCCGCUCCAGCGCCAGCACCCGCUCCCGCGCCCGCACCCGCUAAUAACAGCAAGGUUGACGCAAUGGCAGCUAACUGCGCACAACUACGUCAAAGUCUCGCUCAUCUCCAAAGCCAGUUGAAUGUAUUAACAAACAACAAAAAUAACACUGCAGAAGAACCACCUAAACCAGAGAAACAGAAAAAAUCAAAAUCGAAAAAGAACAAGGCUGAAAAACAGGCACAAAAAGUUGCUCAAGAGAAAACAGAUGUGACCAAAGAACCAGAAAGUGACGAGUCAAAUGCUAAAGAGAAUAUAAAUGUUAAUGAAGUUAGUGCCAUUGCAAAUGAAGCUCAAGAUGAUGGCAAAGACAAAGCAGAUGAUAAAAUAGAUGAUAAAACAUUAGAAACAUUAAUACAGGCCAUAAAUAGUGCUAAUAUUAACUUGUGUGAUUUAGAAGUGAUACAUGAUGAUGACAAUAUGGCUAAUGGUGUAGAUGAAGUAUUAAAUAUUGAAGUUCCAAAUGACUUAAAACUUUCAAACGAAUUUGAAGAAAAGAUAAAUGAAGUUCCCAGUACAAAUGAAGUCAAAUUAAAUGUAUCCAAUGAAAAAACACAAGAUACAGUUGCCAUUGAAACUAAUACCAUUGAUGAAAUUUCACCAAUUUCUGAAAUUAAAUCGAUUGCAACAGAAACAACUAGUGCAUAAAUAAUAAGUGUCAAUUCUAUUGUACAUAAUGUUUGGAACUCUGUUUUUCUACAGUCUUUUAGUGUUAAUCAUGAUCAUGACUUUUAAUACCAAUUUUUUAAAAUGUUUAGUAUUAUUUAGUUGGUCUCAAUUUAGUUUCGUUUUGUGUGUGACCGUUUUGAAUUUGUUUGUUAGUUUAUUGAUUUAUUUUUGUUGGAAGAAUACAAGUGCCUAAAUCUAGUUAUGCCUAGUCCUAGAUUUUGGUAAACGAUUGACAGAUUACUAUUGUUUUCAUCUUA